AUGAGAUGGUCAAGUUGUUCGCAAUUUUUUGCUGUAAUUUUAAUCAUCACGAUUCUUUGUUCUCUUACCGAAGUUGAUAGCACAAGUCGUCGUCGUCGUCGUCGCCGACAGUAUCUUGAUAAGAAUUUUGGUGCGUAUGCACUGGAUCCAGCAGUGAUAUCUUAUUAUGGAGCCAAUGGAGGUGGAAGUUAUACUGGAAAUUCGCAAAAUAACAACCGAUUUAUUGUUGGUGGAGUUGCCUAUCAAUAUCCGACGCCUGUCAACGUUAUGAGCGGUGGUUCAUACAAUCCGCAACAAUAUAAUGCCUAUCCGAGUGGAUCGAAUGCUUAUUAUUAUCCAAACAUGAAUAAUAUGCGAUUACCAGCACCCGAUCAAUGGUAUUCAGGUUUCUAUUUCUUCGGAUAUCCAUUUUUACCAUUUUUCAAUCAUGCUCAACGACACACAGAAAUUUCGCUUGUGCUUAAAUUGUUCUCUAUGCUUUUUAUAUUUCUUACUUACAUUCGUAUUUUGUGA